AUGCCGGAAGCUAUCCCGCCUCAGAAGCGGGUGUUGAGCGACGCGACCAACAACCCCCGCAACACCAUGCCUCCCAGCGCGUUGAAGAAGCGAAAGCUCGACAAUGAUCCCUCAGCGCAGCCCAUGCCAUUCUCACAAAAUAGCCAGCGAAAGAUGUUCGGCUCGAGCCAACCACAAAAGAGCCAAUUCGAGGAAGAGGUCUUGGAGAAGUUGACGCAGGAUAUCGGGGAUCUGAAAGAGAACAACUCGGAAAAGGAUCAGCAAUGGGAGCGUCCGCCUCUUGGCGAAUUUGACGCGACCAAAGAAAAUAUUUGUUUUCAACAGAUCGACGCCGAGGAAGGGACACUGCGGAGUGCGCCAGCAGUCCGUCUGUUUGGUGUCACUGAGGCAGGUCAAUCGGCUUUACUUCACGUCACCGGGUUUCAACACUACCUCUACAUCGCUGCCCCGGUCAACUUCACCAAGGAAGAUUGCGAGCCUUAUCGGGCCUUCCUCGAGACCAAGCUUGGCCAGAAUUCUCCCAUCAUUCAGUCGGUCCAGAUCACCAUGCGCGAAAAUAUCUAUGGAUUCCAAGGGAACCAAAAAAGUUGGUACCUCAAGAUUACCGUGACGGAGCCGAAAUGGUUCAGCCGACUGCGGAGUGCGCUGGAAACAGGCAGUGGAAGCAUGAACUAUAAAGGCCUGUGGAGCAACUCGGAUGCAGGAAUCCUCACCUUUGACAACAUCCAAUACCUGUUGCGAUUUAUGAUUGAUACGGGGUUGUCUGGCAUGGCAUGGGUUGAAGCCAAGGCGGACAAAUAUCGUCUGUUGGCACCGCAUGAAAAACACUCGACCUGCCAAAUCGAAGCCUGUGUUGACUACCGCGAUAUGGUGGCCCACCCGCCUAACGGAGAGUGGGCAAAAAUGGCUCCACUACGCGUCUUGUCCUUUGAUAUCGAAUGUGCAGGUCGAAAGGGCAUCUUUCCUGAACCUCACAUGGACCCUGUGAUCCAAAUUGCCAACGUCGUUACUCGAUACGGAGAGGCAAAACCGUUUGUCCGCAACGUCUUCUGUCUUGAUACAUGCAGUUUAAUCGUCAACACGCAAAUCUUGGAGUUUGAAAAGGAGGAGAGGAUGCUCAUGGCGUGGCGUGAUUUUCUGGAGAAGGUGGAUCCCGAUGUGAUCAUUGGUUACAACAUUGCGAACUUCGACUUUCCCUACCUGCUGGAUCGCGCCAAGCACCUUAAAUGUACCCAGUUUCCGUACUGGACCAGACUCAAAGGGUGCAAGACAGAGGCCAAAGAGGCCAACUUUUCCAGCAAGCAGAUGGGAAAUCGAGAGACGAAAGCGACUAACACCGACGGACGAAUCCAACUUGACCUUCUUCAGUUGGUUCAGCGAGACCACCAGCUGAGAAGUUACACUCUCAAUUCCGUGUCCUAUGAAUUUUUGGGAGAGCAAAAGGAAGAUGUGCACCAUACGAUGAUCACCGAACUUUUUAACGGGACUCCUGACUCCCGGCGGCGACUGGCAGUCUACUGCUUGAAAGACGCCUACUUGCCACAGAGAUUGAUGGACAAGUUGAUGUGUCUGGUAAACUAUACUGAGAUGGCAAGGGUCACAGGAGUGCCCUUCAACUUUCUUCUCUCUCGAGGUCAACAAGUCAAGUUCAUCAGUCAACUGUUCCGAAAGGCUUUGGAGGAACAGCUUGUGAUCCCCAAUGCCAAAUCACAGGACGAGCAGGAUUACGAGGGUGCUACUGUCAUUGAACCUGUACGUGGAUAUUACGGCGUGCCCAUCGCGACCCUCGAUUUCGCCUCGCUGUAUCCCUCCAUCAUUCAAGCGCACAACCUAUGCUACACCACUCUACUUAACAAGGCCAGCGUCGAGAAGCUGGGUCUCAAAAAGGACGAGGACUACAUUGUGACGCCCAACGGAGACAUGUUCUGCACCACCAAGGUCCGCAAAGGUCUUCUGUCUCAGAUUCUAGAAGAAUUGUUGGGUGCGAGAAAGCGCGCGAAAAAAGAGCUGGGCGUGGAGACGGAUCCGUUCAAGAAAGCCGUGCUCAACGGUCGUCAGCUUGCUCUGAAGGUCAGCGCAAACAGUGUCUACGGUCUGACCGGUGCCACGGUUGGCAAGCUGCCCUGUCUUCCCAUCGCCAGUAGCACUACGAGUUAUGGUCGUCAGAUGAUCGAAAAAACCAAGCAGGAAGUGGAAGCCCGCUAUACAAUCGCCAAUGGUUAUUCGCACGAUGCCCAGGUUAUCUAUGGUGAUACCGACUCGGUCAUGGUCAAAUUCGGAGUUACUGAACUGGAGGAGGCGAUGAAGCUUGGCCAAGAGGCUUCGGAAUACGUUUCGUCGAAAUUCAUCAAGCCUAUCAAGCUCGAGUUCGAGAAGGUGUAUUUCCCCUAUCUUCUCAUCAACAAGAAGCGAUACGCCGGUCUAUACUGGACCAACCCCAAGAAGCACGAUAAAAUGGACACCAAGGGUAUUGAAACCGUGCGGCGUGAUAAUUGCCUGUUGGUUCAAAACGUCAUCGAGACCGUGUUGAAUAAGAUCUUGAUCGACAGAGACCUCGAUGGCGCCCAAAACUACGUCAAAGCUACCAUCUCGGAUCUCCUCCAGAACAAGGUCGAUAUGUCGAAGCUGGUGAUCACUAAAGCGUUGUCCAAGAAGGACUACGCCGCCAAGCAAGCGCACGUCGAGCUGGCCGAGCGCAUGACCAAGCGCGAUGCGGGUUCCGCACCCACCCUUGGUGACCGUGUGGCCUAUGUUAUGAUCAAGGGCGCCAGUAAUUCAAAAAACUACGAGCGGUCAGAGGACCCUAUCUAUGUCUUGGAAAACAAUAUCCCCAUCGACACCAAGUACUAUUUGGACAACCAACUCGCCAACCCCUUGGGCCGAAUCUUCGAGCCCAUUUUGGGCGAGAAAAAGGCCAGCCAACUGCUUACGGGAGAGCACACGCGGUCCAUUUCUGUUGCCGCGCCCACACUGGGUGGUCUGAUGAAGUUUGCCAAGCGGACUCAGACCUGUAUGGGCUGCAAGAAGCCGCUCUCGGGCAAAGAGGAGAUGGCCGGCGCCGUCUGCGAGAACUGUCGUCCCCGGCUCGGCGAACUGUACACCAAGACUCUGACCAAGGCGUCUGACCUGGAGGUGCGCUUUGGACGUCUGUGGACCCAGUGCCAACGGUGCCAAGGCAGUCUGCACUGCGAGGUGAUCUGCUCGUCUCGGGACUGCCCGAUCUUCUACAUGCGGAUGAAAGCAAAGAAGGACGUGGAAGAUUCCCAGAAGGAGCUUGCCCGGUUUGACUUCGAUUCAGGGGCAUGGUAA